UUUCAAAAAUGUCAGGCAAAGAAGAAGCUAAAAGCGGAAUUAAGAGGAAGAAUACUGGAAAAGGAGGGCAUGAUGACAAACAUAGCGCCCCUUCAGGACAGGGUAACAUCUGUGUGGUGUGCAGGUUCCGUCCUCUCAAUCAGAAUGAACUUAACCAUGGAGGAUCUAAUGUCUGAGCAGACUUUCAUCCGAAUAAAAAAUCAGUCACAAUCGUUACAGAGGGUGAUGGAGUGACUAAUAAGAAUGAAUUCACUUUCGAUAGAGUCUUUGAUAUCAAUUCCAGUCAGAUAGAGGUUUAUAACCAAGCUGCCAAGCCCAUUAUUGAGAGUGUAAUGGAAGGAUUCAAUGGAACAGUUUUUGCAUACGGGCAAACUGGGUCAGGAAAGACCUUUACCAUGCAAGGACCUGAUAUAGAGGAUAUUGAGAGCCAAGGUAUAGUACCAAGAAUGGUGAGAACGGUGUUUAACCGUAUUGAGAACUCAAGUGAAAACAUUGAAUUUACUGUUAAAGUUUCGAUGAUGGAAAUUUAUAUGGAAAAAGUUUAGA